UUUCUAGCCAACAUGCCCUUGCGAAGUUCUGGCAAGUUGAGCAUGGAGACCAGGAAAGAAGACGGCGAGAGCACAGCGCCUGCCCCCCCGCAGAAGAAGCUGUCCUGUCAGUGCCACCACCACUGUCCUGAGGACUCUGUCAACAGCACCUGCAGCACUGAUGGCUACUGCUUCACCAUAAUAGAAGAAGAUGAGUCCGGGGGACAUUUAGUCACCAAGGGAUGUCUCGGAUUAGAGGGCUCAGACUUCCAGUGUCGGGACACUCCUAUCCCACACCAAAGAAGAUCUAUUGAAUGUUGCACAGGCCAGGAUUACUGUAACAAACACCUUCACCCUACACUGCCCCCACUGAAAAAUCGAGACUUUGCUGAAGGAAACAUUCACCAUAAGGCCCUGCUGAUCUCAGCGACUGUUUUCAGUAUACUUCUGGUGCUCAUCAUCAUAUUCUGCUACUUCAGGUACAAACGCCAGGAGACGCGGCCCCGCUACAGCAUUGGGCUGGAGCAGGAUGAGACCUACAUCCCCCCUGGAGAGUCCCUGAAGGAUCUGAUCGAGCAGUCCCAGAGCUCAGGGAGCGGCUCCGGGCUCCCUCUCCUGGUUCAAAGGACCAUCGCGAAACAGAUUCAGAUGGUAAAGCAGAUUGGUAAAGGUCGCUAUGGAGAAGUCUGGAUGGGAAAGUGGCGUGGCGAGAAGGUAGCUGUGAAGGUGUUUUUUACAAUGGAGGAGGCCAGCUGGUUCAGAGAAACAGAAAUCUACCAGACUGUCCUGAUGAGGCAUGAAAAUAUUCUCG